AGCGCGAAGAGGAGGGAUCUGUCAUCUUCACGGUCUCAGGCAGCAUGUGGACGGGCUCCUAUCGUGCCACUGUCGAGAGAGAAAUGGCGAGAGCCAGUGUCAAAAUUCGAGAACAUCUAUCUUUGGAUGCAGAGUAAGCUGAUGUUUCACAGCUGUAAAUAGUUUUGUAGUCUUGGUUCAUUGUAUUCAGUCUACAGGGCACGCGCUACACUUUGGCGGUGGUGACAGUUAAUCUAUUUGAGCUGGGUUCUCGGCCAGUGCAAUCUAAGGAAUUAAUCGUUAUACAGGACUAUACACCUGCAAUUUGUUCCCAGAACGGUGGUGAAUGACUCCCGUUGGAUGUAACGUUGAGCGGAGUGACGCGGGUCGGUUUGCGGGCAAAUAGAGCGGUGGCGGACCAAACGCACAACGUCCAAAUAUUCUCCCUUCCCGUGUCCCUGUGCUCCACCCGACUCAUAACGGAGAUGUUGCUCCUCGGAAUACUGCUCAACAUCUUCAUACGAGGUGUGGUCCCCUCCUUGUCGCCCCUCCCCCUUGGCUUUGUAGACUGUGUGGAGGCAGAGAGGGGGUGUAAGGAAGACCCCCGGUGUAAGGAGCUGUACAUGACCCUGGAGUACUGUGCAUCCGAGGAGGCGUUGGCUCCGCUGGGGAACAAGGCCAGCAUAGAGUGCCUGGAGGCCCUGAGCGGCCUGCACUACCUCCCUCUGUUGGCCUGCAAGUGUCAGCGCGGCGCACGCAGAGAGGAGCACUGCCUCAAAGUCUACUGGAGCAUCAGGAUCCUGCAGGGUUAUGAUGACUUUGAGGGGUCUCCCUAUGAGGACUCGCCAGUGGAGUCUUCUCGAAUGGCCUCCUUAGUGGCAGCAGCCUCCUCUCUUCUUCUAGAUGGACAGAACGUAUGUCUGAAGGCAGCCCAGGACUGUGGUCUGUAUGAGAAAUGUGGUUCCCUGAGGUCUGAGUACGUCCUGGCCUGCACCAAGCAUGCCCCAGGCUCGGACCACUGCAACAGGCAGAAGUGCCACCGGGCGCUGCGGCGCUUCCUGGAGCGCGUUCCGGAGGAGUACAGCCUGGGGUUGCUGUUCUGCCCCUGUACUGACAAACUGUGUGGGGAGAGACGCAGGAAGACCAUUGUCCCUUCCUGUUCCUACCAGGAGAGAGACUGGAUACAGCCCAACUGUCUGCUUCUGCAGAGCUUCUGCAGGAGGGACCAUCUCUGCAGGUCCAGACUGGCUGAUUUCCAGUAUAACUGCCAGCCCUCUGGGAAGUUCCCUUCUGGCUGUAUCAGAGAGACUGGAGCUGUGUGCCUCAAAUCCUACGCCGGACUGAUCGGCACCAUCAUGACCCCCAACUACGUCAGCAACAGCACUGUGGAUGUGGACUUGUGGUGCAACUGCGAGGGCAGUGGCAACCAAUGGCAGGACUGCCUGAGGAUUCAGCACAUGUUCACCAACAACGCCUGUCUGGAGAACUCCAUCGGUACCAUGGGUAGCUCCUCCCCUCGGCCAGUGGAGAGCACUUUUCCCCCGCCCUCUCGCCCCUCCCCCUUGGACCAGCAGAAUGAGCUCAGCAACAACGCCCAGGAUGAGCUCAGCAACAACGCUGUGCAGCAGAGUGAGGAAGAGGAGGAUAUGGAGGAGGAGGAGGAGGGGGGUCAGUUUGACGUGAUCCCUCUCUAUGCUGAGAAGGCCACGGUGUCCAACCUGGGUUCUGGGGGUGGGGAGGUGUCCCCCCGUCUUUCCAUCGGCCCCCCUCCCUCCCUGCUGCUGCUCCUUCUGCUACUGUCUGCCUCUCUGAGCUGGGGUCCUCCUGGUUUUGACGUUUGCCUGUUUUUUGGACUCCAUUCCUGCCUGCCCUGCCUGACCUUGAGCCUGCUGCCCUGACCUCAAGCCUGCCUUCCAUUCUGUACCUCUGGAACUCUGAACUGGUUUUGAC